CAAGAGGAUGCAACAUGCAGAAAUUGUGGCUUAUCAAGGGAAACAAUACACCAUCUUCUCUUUGAAUGCCGAAAAUGGCGACACCAGCGAAACAAGCUCUACAAGGAUCUGGAGAUGGAUGGGGUCAUGAGACCCGCUGGUGCAGAGGAACACCCACAGGGACGACUAUUAGGAGAACCCAGAGCUACCGGAGCGCUACUAGAAUUCCUAGCUAGUAGUAGUGUG